AUGCAGAGUUCGGCGCCGAAAAAACCAUCUCGAUUUUCGAGGAUACCUCUGUGGCGCGCAGCGGUGUUCUGUGCACUGUCGCUACCGUCUCUUUCUCUCUCCAUCCCGCUCGCUGCGCCUUCUCCCUUGCUCCGCGUCGCUCCGCGCGCGUCUUCGUCUUCCUUUUUGUCUCCCUCGAACUGUGUUCUGUCGCCGGCGCUUCGCGCUCGGCGUGCGUCGUCUGCUGCACCGUCAGCAUCUUCUUCUUCAGCAGUUUCCGGCGCGAGAACCGUCUUCGGCGGCCCCCGCCCGCGGGCGUUCGUCUCCGCCUCAAGGCGCCUUGGCGCUCUUCUUUCGAGCGCGAUGGAGCCCCGCUUUGCACCUAAUCGUCCGGCGUCGUGCGCCGCGUCGUCGUCGUCCGCCGCUCGCGCCUCAGCCUCGCCGUCUGAAGCGUCGGUUGCGGCAGCGGAAGAGGGCUCUGUCGCCUCGGGAGUUCUUCCAGUUUGUCGCGUCGGCAACCGAGUCCUCGCGCUCUUUUACAACGCGACUGGAGGCCGGAAGAAGCAGUAUCUCAUUGACUUUGGGGGACGCAAAGAGCUCGCUUCCUCGACGUCUGCGGGCGCGUCUGCCGGAGUUGCGCGCCAGCGAGAAGCGCUCGAGUCGCGCGACGGCGAGGGCGAGCGCGACGGCGAGGGCGAGCGCGACGGCGAGGGCGAGCGCGACGGCGAGGGCGAGCGCGACGGCGACGCUGCGACCCGAAAGCACGCAACCAAGCGGAAGCGUGAGGCGAAACUUCCUCCGCGCGAGGCUGCGCCGGCGGCCGAGGCCUCCGUCGGCGCAGAGGGCACUCGCGCUGAGCCGCGAGGCAGAACCUGCGAGGAGCUCGCAGGAAAGGAGCGACGCGAGGGCGAACCGACGCCCCUGUCGGCCGCUUUCGAAGUGGCCUCGCGUGCCGGUGCGUCCCACAGCGGCACUCCAGGUUCUUCCCCAGAGGCGCUUGCCUGCGCCGCGACUGCAGGCGCCCACGCGGCUGCCUCUUUUUCGCCUUCGCCCGCUGUUUCGCCAUCUCCGCUGGAAGCGAGCCGUUUGCAAGCCGCGCGCAAGCCGCCACGAGGCAGGAAGCAGGGCCCUGAGUGGGAGGCGGACGAGGCGUGUGCGGCGCGCGAAGUCUGGGAGGAGACCGGGGAGUUGUGGGGUCUUGUCUCCAAGUGUCUCCUCGCCCCCGCACUGUCUCCAUCGCAGGGCCCGGGAAGGCCCGAUCGCGGCCGAGACGCAGAAGAGGCGUCGCGAGGGCGAGAGCUGGCAGACGGCCGAGAGGCGCCGAGGCAGGGAGACCCCGAGGAUCUAGCGGAGACGGAGAAGCAGCGAUGGAGAAUGAACGUCGUGUCCUCGUGGAUUGCUUCCCUUCCCACGGUUGCCUCGUUCAGCCACUCCAAAUACCGCGUGUUUGUCAAGGAAUUUCCCGUGUUUUUCCCGCUGCUCUUCAUCAACUUGCGCGGGGAAGAAGGCGCCGGCCUCGAGCGGAACCGGCGCUUCGUGUGGGUCGAUCUCGACGUCUUCCUCGCCGCGGAGGACGCGCGAGAGAGAGAAAAAACAAGCGAACGAGACAACGCGCGCGAGAACGGGAACGCGCGCGACGAGGCCGCGACGGAGGCGACAGAGAAGGCGCGCAGUGCAGAGGUCCAGGGGCACGGGGAGAGGCCCCGUGAAACCCCGCGCCACGGGGGGUCCGAUGCCCUCGCCACAGAAAAGGCCGAGGCGCUCGUAGCCCACUCGCACGCUACCGCAGGGAAGGACGGGGGCUUGCAAAGGGCGGGAGGCGAAGAGAUCUCUCCCCCUCUACACGUGGCAUUUUCGUCUCUCCCUCCCCUUCAUCACCGGCUGAGACAUCCGCGACUCGGCGCCAUUCUCCGCGGCGUCAGAGACAAACUGCUGCUCCACGCACGAGAGACGGAGCCCGCGUCUGGAUCUUCUGCGUCGCGCAAUCUGCCUCUCGAUGCGUCUCGUCCAGCGGCGUCGGCGCCUUCCUGCGCGUCCGUGGAUCCUCUCUCUGCGCCUGAGUCCCUCCUCGCGCUCUUGCUUCCGUCGCGUCUGCGGGCUCUCGAGAGCUCCGCAGCGCUCGAAACAUAUCUCUUGGCUCACGUCAACGGCCUGCUCGCUCGGUGCCGCGCACUAUGCCCCUCCAAACCGCGCGAAGGCAGGCGAACCGACCCCCCCCGCGCAGCAGAGAACGCCGCUCCCGCGAAGAGAGAGACGCUCGACAGGCAGGAGAGAGAGGCGGGCGAGGACGGAAGGGAGAAGAGAGACGCCGCAGGUACGAGGGCGGCGACUUCCGCGUCCGGAGGGACGGACUCGCGCGCGCGGCAGAGCGAACAGCAGGCGAGCCACAGAGAAGAAGAACACGGCGAGGGAGACGGCAUACGAAACGCAGGCGACGCAGAGAAGGACGCGUUGCCGCGCGGCGAAGGAAAGGAGGGAAAUGGAGACGCAAGCGCAGAAUUUCCGAACUUCCACGGCGCAGAAACGGCGCUUGCCAGGCUCAUGGCGACGGAGGCAUGGCGAACAGCCUCCGUUGUGUGGUUAGAGCCGGGGCUGCCAGGAAGGGAGGCGCUUCAGAGCGGCUCUUUGAUCGGUCGACACGGGCGGCGGUGCCUUGAGGAGAAGACCUUCCUCUCCCUUUUUUCGUUCUGGAAGCCGGUUCUUGCGGGAGAAGCAGAACGCGAGGCGAACGGCGAAACCAAGGAAGCUGAGUGUUUGCCUUCCUCGCCAGCCUCAGUCGACCGCCAGACGAGACAGCGUUUAUUGGUGAUGGAAGCGAGGGAGGCAAGUGACGGCCGCGUCGUCCUACGGGUUCGAGAAGAACGUCCAGUGGAGGAGCUGCAGAGUCUGCGCGUGGACUUGGCUGUUGUCGGCUGCGGCGCGGUGACUCCGGACGGCCUCGCGCUGGGGCGCCCGCGCGACAUCGGUCCUCGUGCGCCGGCUGCCGUGUGGACUGUCGCCCACGACUUGCAGGUUCUGGAAGGCUUCUUUCCCCUUUCGGCCUCUCUUCUCCCACAGUCCUCGACGGACUGCCAGCGCCAAGAGGCAAAGGCCGGAGAAGCCUCACCAGACAGGCGCGAAGAAGGGGAGCGUGGCAGCCUCGCCCGCGAGCAAGCCGCGGAAGAGGAGGACCGAGGCGCCCGCCACGAGUGCCGCGUGGGCAACGGGAGGGCCGAGGUGAAGGCGCCGAUACAUGCUGGAGCGGCAGACGCGUCCGCGACAGUCGCGCGGCGUUCCGUCGCUGCCGCUCCCCAAGCAGCAACUGACGGCAACGGCUGCGUCCUCAGUCUCCUCACGCGGGCUCUCCGGCAGCUGAACCGAGAGCUGAAGCACGCUCUGGCUUUCGGGGAAGGCGCGAGUGACAGCGAGAAACGCGAGAGGGUGCAAGAUGAGGAGAAAAGGGACAGCCGGACGCUGAAAGUCCAUGGCAUUGCGACACCUUCGCGGUGCUGGGCGACAUGA